AUGUACUUUCUUAGAAAUUUUGGAGUUGGAUUGAAUGGUAAAGGUUUCAAGGCAACUAGGCAUGUUUACAGAAUUUCUUUCAGCUUAAGGACAAAUGUUAAGGCCAUUGCUGAUGCUACCAUACCUGUCAAUUAUGUCAUCGGUUUACUGACUGGAACUAGCGAAGUUGAAGAGCAUGAUGUGUUUGGUAGGAAAGCAAAAAAAAUUAUGUUGGAGCUUGACAACCUCAGGCUUGGAAAUGUUUCAGCGGAUUGUAUUCGUGGAUUGUCCCAGUUGUCUACUCAAUCGACAUAUUCCUUUGAGAAUGAUUUUCCUAAAAAUACAGAAAGAAAGUGUAUUACUGAUAUUAAAAUUUCUACCGAGGUUAUGACGUGUAUUGCUUACGGAACUAUCAAAGCAAUUGAGAGUAAAUACAACUGGUGGUACAAAUCCUGUAAGAAAUGCCCGUAUUCUGUUUGUGAAGAUUAUGAGAAAUGGUUUUGUAAAAACUGCCAAAAACAUUGGAGUGAUUAUCAACCAAGAUUCAGUGUUCAAGUCAGAGUUGUUGAUAACACCGAUUCUGCAUCGUUCAUUCUCUUUGAUAGAGAUUGUGUUACUUUGUUGGGUAUGAGUGCUUCUGAUUUGCGUGAAUUGCAAUACAAGAGGGGUGCUGAUUUGGAACAUUAUCCAAAAGAAUUUGAUGUUCUUGUUGACAAGUCCAUGCUGUUCAAGAUUAAUGUUAGAAAAAACAAUUUUGACUCAUACAGUGAGCCUAAAUAUCAAGUUUCUAAAGUUUGCACCGACGAAACUAUUAUGUCUUCCUUCAUCAAGUCUGCAACAGAAUUAAAUGAUGAAACUUUGUUUGAUCAAGCUUUCGACAAUGACAUUGUUGCUGCUGAAAAUGGAAGAGCUGCGGAUGUUGCGAGUCAGACAUGUGAAAGUGCAGAUCCUGUUAAUGAUUCUCUGUCUAUGAUGACACCGUCUGUCAAUUCUAAUGAAUUUAUAGACGAAAUUGGUGAACGCUCUGUUGUCCAUACAAUUAAAAAAAUUAAAUUGGAGAAAUUUUUUGAUGCAGCGAAUGAAGACAACGUGGCAGAUUAA